CAGCGCCGUUCCCUCACCAAAGAUGGCGGCGCCCUUGUCCCUGCAGCUGGAGUGCGGAAGUGGAGCAGAGCUCUUGUUUGGUGGGAUCAGGAAGCAUCGGGUGACUCUGCCCAGCCAGCAAGGACCUUGGCAUGUCCGAAAGUUGCUGGUGUGGAUUAAAGAGAACCUGUUGAAAGAGAGGCCAGAACUGUUUGUGCAGGGGGAUUCUGUGCGCCCGGGAAUCUUGGUGCUGAUCAAUGGUGCAGAUUGGGAGUUGAUGGGGAAGCUGGACUAUCUGCUCCAAGACCAGGAUAACGUCGUUUUCAUCUCCACCUUGCAUGGUGGCUAGACUGCUGGG